ACACCGAUUUGUGCAGUUGAACAUGUUGAUUUAGUUUACUUGUGCCUCUGAACUCAAAAAAUGGCGGCGCGUCAUCGCUUUGCCACAGGGAGCCCUGAGGAAACAGAGCCCCUGUAUUCGUCGACGCAAAUGCCCGAAAAAGUCCGGGAAAAAUGGAACGUCUUCGACGACCCCCCAAGAGAGCCCACUGUCGGUUCCGAAGUCAAAAGAACCUACAUCGAGUGGGGGGUGAAGUUUUUGAAAGUUGUGACAAUCAUAACUGUGUUUUUUGUGGUCCUUGGUGCUGCAGUGGUUUCGAAAGGGACAACCUUGUUCAUGACGUCACAAAUAAAAAAGAAUGUGACAAGGGCUUAUUGCAACAAAAAGAUAGACCGCAACCUCCAAUUCGUCGUCUCCCUCCCCGAAGUGGAGCGCGUGCAAUGGAUCUGGCUCCUCAUUUUCGCUUACUUGAUCCCCGAAGUGGGUACCUGGAUCCGCGCCGUCCGCAAAUGCCUCUACAAGCUCUGGAAAAUGCCCUCCCUCUCCGAAUUCCUCUCCCUCUUCGGCACGGAAACGUGCCCCGCCAUCGGAAGCGCAAUUUUGAUAUUCGUCGUCCUCCCCGAGCUGGACGUCGUCAAAGGGGCGAUGCUCACAAACGCGGUUUGUUUCGUGCCCGGAGUUGUGGCAAUGUUCUCGCGCAAACCGUGCUCCAUAAACGAGAACCUGAAAAUGGGGCUGGACAUCGCCAGCAUAACUGCACAGGCGUCAAGCUUCGUGGUGUGGCCCUUGGUUGAAAAUAACCCGACCUUGUACCUAAUCCCCGUUUCCGUGAUUUUGAUUUCGGUGGGUUGGUGGGAGAAUUUCGUGUCGGAAACGUCCUACUUACCGUUUAUCCGGGCUCUGGGCAAGAGCAAAAAGGAGUUUAAGACAAGGACGUACUUCAUUUACGCGUUCGUGGCCCCGGUUAAAUGCCUGGCGUUUUUUUGCACCGCUUUGGUCAUUUUUUACUGCCAGGAGGGCAGUGUUGACUUUUUAUUUGAUAAUUUUUCAGCCGCGUUUCAGGAUCAUAACAUUGAAAUUACCGAAGUCGCGCCCGUCUUGCCGGGGAAUUACGCAAAUGCGAGUUCGGUCGGGAGCCGAAACCCCAUCCACACAAGCAGUUACAUGACGGGGAUUUGGGUUUGGUUGAUUAACAUUUCGGCGACUUAUAUUUGCUACGCGUUUGGGAAAUUCUCCUGCAAAGUCAUGAUCCAGAGCGUUAGCUUCGCUUUUCCGAUCAAUUUGUCGGUCCCUGUCCUCUUAUCCGGACUGAUCGCAAUGUGUGGCAUGUACUACAGGGAUGAGUGUUCUUUCGCUGAGUCAAUUCCUCCAUAUUUGUUUUUCGUUCCUCCACCUCUCAUGUUCCUACAAGAUUUUCUCUCGCACCAACACGCCUGGAUUUGGCUGGUUUGGUUGCUGUCACAAGCCUGGAUUUCGGUGCACAUUUGGUCCCCAAACUGUGACAAACUUUCAAGCACCGAACAGUUGUUUAUUCGGCCCAUGUAUGACGCGUUUUUGAUCGAUCAAAGCCUGGCGUUAAACCGGAGACGUGACGAAAAUCCCAGAAAUUACAGAAGCGACGAAGGGCCUCAAAUUACAGAGCUCGAGCCGGAAACGAUCGAGAGUCAGGACGCCAUAACCCGGAUUUACGCCUGCGGGACAAUGUGGCACGAAACUCCCGAAGAAAUGAUGGAAUUUUUGAAAUCGGUGUUCCGCUUGGACCAAGACCAGUGUUCCCACAGGAUUGUGAGGGAGCAUUUGGGACUCAAGCAUGACAAUUACUACGAAUUGGAGACUCAUAUAUUUUUCGAUGAUGCGUUUAUUCGGACCAGUGAAGACGAUAAUGAUCCCCACGUCAACGAAUACGUUGAGUCACUUGCGUCCAUUAUCGACGAGGCUGCGACUAAGGUUCACGGUACCACGGUGAGGGUGCGUCCGCCCAAAGUGUACCCCACGCCUUACGGCGGACGCCUGGUCUGGACGCUCCCAGGGAAAACAAAAAUGAUCGCCCACUUGAAGGACAAGAAGAAGAUUAGGGCGAAAAAGCGCUGGUCUCAGUGCAUGUACAUGUACUUUUUGCUCGGAUUCAGAUUGCAAGCCAACGACGAACUCUCCGCCCACAGCAAGGAAAUCCGCGGCGAAAACACCUACAUCCUCGCCCUGGACGGCGACAUCGAUUUCCAACCCGAAGCCCUGCACCUCUUGGUGGACUACAUGAAGAAGAACAAAACGUUGGGGGCGGCCUGCGGCCGCAUCCACCCCAUCGGCAGCGGCGGCAUGGUCUGGUACCAAAUGUUCGAAUACGCCGUCGGUCACUGGAUGCAAAAAGCCACCGAGCACGUCAUAGGCUGCGUCCUCUGCAGCCCCGGCUGUUUCUCCCUGUUCCGGGGAAAAGCCCUCAUGGACAAAAGCGUCAUGAAGAAGUACACCACUCGAUCGACCCAAGCCAAGCACUACGUGCAGUACGAUCAAGGGGAGGACCGGUGGUUGUGCACUUUGUUACUCCAGAGGGGCUACCGUGUGGAAUACUCCGCAGCCUCGGACGCUUUCACGCACUGUCCGGAAGGCUUCAACGAGUUUUACAACCAGCGGAGGCGCUGGAUGCCGUCCACUAUGGCCAACAUUUUGGACCUUUUGAUGGAUUACGAGCACACGGUCAAAAUCAACGAAAAUAUUUCCAUGCUGUACAUCGGGUACCAAAUUAUUUUAAUGAUCGGUACGGUCAUUGGCCCCGGUACUAUUUUCCUCAUGUUGGUCGGCGCCUUCGUGGCUGCCUUUGGGCUCGACCAAUGGAGCAGUUUCUACUGGAAUUUACUACCAAUCGCAGUUUUUAUCCUAGUAUGUGCCACUUGUAGCUCCGAUAUCCAAUUAUUUUUCGCCGGCCUUAUCAGCGCCAUUUACGGCCUGAUAAUGAUGGCUGUUUUCGUCGGUGUGAUGCUCCAAAUCAGCCAAGACGGCCCACUUGCGCCUUCCUCCCUUUUCUUCUUCUGCAUGGCUGCUGAAUUUAUAAUCGCAGCACUGCUGCAUCCGCAAGAAUUCAACUGUUUGAAAUACGGGGUCAUUUACUACGUCACGGUCCCCAGCAUGUACCUCCUCCUAGUCAUCUACUCGGUCUUCAAUAUGAACAACGUGUCCUGGGGGACGCGCGAAGUGACAGUCGUGCCCAAGCCUGACCCCAACGCCGUCCAGAAAAUCGAAGAGAAAAAACCGGAGAAGAAAGACAAAGUUUUGACGUUUCUGGGCGCGAAUGCCCAGGACGACGAAGGCGGGCUUGAAUUUUCGGUCAACAAACUUUUCAAAUGCAUGAUUUGUACGUACAAGGCCGAUAACAAGGAAAACGAGCAGUUGAGGAAAAUACAAGAGUCGUUGAGAGACUUGAAUAGGAAAAUCGAGUCGCUGGAAAAAAUGCAAUAUCCGGAUUUGAGGUCUCCUGCCGUUAGCAACGUUACAACGUUCAUGGAGGGCUCAAAGGCGACGGUUAAGAACAACGUGGAGGAUAACUACAUGGAGGCUCCGCAAGACAAUGUUUCGCAACCGUCGGAUGAGGUCAUGGAGAAUAGUUGGUUCUACGAUGGGCCUUUGAUUAGGGGGGAAGUGCAUUACUUGAAUAGGAAUGAGGAAACGUUUUGGAAUGAACUGAUAGAGCAGUAUUUACACCCGAUUGAGGAUGACAAGAAGAAGGUUUCGGCUGAAUUGAAAGAUUUGAGGGACAAAAUGGUGUUUACUUUCCUGAUGUUGAAUUCGCUCUACGUUAUUGUGAUUUUUUUGCUCACUUUGAAGAAGGAUUUGCUCCAUCUGGACUGGCCGUUUGACCCCAAAGUGAACUUCACGUAUUUCGAGGACAAAAAUGAGAUUGGCGUUUACAUAACAUACCUCCAGCUGGAGCCCAUCGGUUUCGUGUUCCUCAUAUUUUUCGCCCUGCUUAUGGUGAUCCAGUUCUUCGCAAUGAUGAUCCACCGCUUCGGCACCUUCUCCCAAAUCAUCACAAAAACACAAUUAGACUUCGAUCUGUGCAGCAAACCAAUCGACGAAAUGACUGUGGACGAACUCAGGUCCCGCGACCCUAUAAAAAUAGUCGCAGAUUUACAAAAACUAAAAGGUAUAAACAACGAAUACGAGGACCAAACGGAAGUUCCGGUCGAAAUGCGAAAAACAGUAAGUAAUUUGGCGCAAACGAGCGGUGGUGGUGAGAACAAGCCCAUAUUUUAUUUGGAUGAAGCGUUCCAAAGGCGAGUCACUCAAAUAGGGAGCACUUCAAGCAACAACCCGAGCAUUAGCGCCUUUAGGAAGAAAAGCCUUGCUUACGUCCAACAAAGAAUGAGCAUAGCCCCAAAUCGGGUGUCACAAGCCCGGCCUAGUGUGCAGUUACGGUACCCCAAUGGAAAAGCCAACGAAAAUUUCGUUUUUGACGAAAACGGGUCAGACGUGGAGGCAUAAAAUUGAAAUUAUUUUUUACUCUUAAAUUUAUUAAAUAAAAGGUUUACAAAGUG